AUCGGACGUUCUUGCCUAGGACUCGAUGCUCCCCUCGAUUCAAACCGGGACGCUCUAGCCAAACCCACUCCCCGUUAGAAAACCCCACGUAACCUUCGAACGUCCCCAGCUCUAUGGUUCGGCGCCGGAGACCGAAGGGAAAAGAGGGCCGCCGCGCGGGGCAGGCAGGGAAGGCCGACCGUUUCCGCUGCCGCUUCCGCCUCUGCCGCCAUCUUGGUUUCCUUCCUCGGGAGGGUCGGCGCUUGGCGGCCUCGGCGGCGAUGAAGCCCCUUCUGGUGCUGGCGCGGUGCAUCCCCAAGAGGUUUUAUUCUGUCCAGGCUGCACCCAAAAUUAAAGGCUCUGCAGCACCCCGUGUGCAGUUACCCCCCGAGGAACUUGAGAUUACAAAAUUGUCAAGUGGCUUGGUGAUAGCCUCUUUGGAAAACUAUUGUCCAGUUUCUAGCAUUGGCCUCUUCAUUAAAGCAGGCAGUAGGUAUGAGACUUCCAGCAAUCUGGGAACGUCGCAUCUGCUCCGUCUUGCAACCAGCCUGACCACAAAAGGAGCUUCUUCCUUUAAGAUUGUCACCGGCAUUGACAGUGUUGCUGCUAAUCUCAGUGUGACUGCUACCCGGGAGAACAUGGUUUAUUCCGUUGAAUGUCUGCGUGAUUACAUUGAUACUGUGCUGGAAUAUUUAAUAAAUGUCACUACUGCUCCGGAAUUCAGGACGUGGGAAGUAUCGGAACUCACUACCCGUUUAAAAAUUGACAAGGAAAUUGCCUUUCAUAUCCCCCAGGCCUGCGUUCUGGAGAGUUUGCACGCUGCAGCUUACCGAAAUGCCCUGGCUAAUUCUUUGUAUUGUCCAGAUUUCAUGAUCGGCAAAAUUACAUCAGAACAGUUGCACGAGUAUGUCCAGAACAACUUCACUAGUGGACGCAUGGCCUUGGUGGGACUCGGUGUCAGCCACGCCGACCUAAAGCAGGUUGGAGAACAAUUCCUUAACAUUCGCAGUGGGGCUGGCAUGGCCGGCGAAAAAGCCAAAUAUCGCGGAGGUAAGUUGCAGCCUUCUACCUUGGCUUUGCUCACGGGGCGCCUUUUUUAGCGUCCUCUGAUUGCU